CGGGACAAUAGUUGUGUAGCCUGUUGAGCAUCUUCCCGACCUUCCUUCUCAUCAGGAGAUAUUGGCAAGCAUCAAACAUCCUGUGCAAUCUUUCCUUUAGUCUCGGGUUAGCAAUCACCAACACAACAAGGCCAACAAGUCAUCACGAAAGCCCACCCAACUAAGAUACGAUGGCAUACUCCAAAUACUCUUCCGACCGUGCUCCCGGACGGGAGCACAUCCCCCUCUACCCCAAAGGCUUCAUCGCCAUCCGCAUCAUCCAACUCAUCAUCGCCAUUCUCAUCGCCGGUCUCUCCGCCUUCGGAGUACACAUCUUUGCCUUUGACGGAGACGUCUUGAUCCUAGCAGUUGCCGUAAUGACUCUCAUAUCAUCAACCUACCAUCUCAUCACGCGCUUCUCCACCCCCAAAGCCUACAACUACUGGGCCGUCCUCGCCGUCGAUAUUUUGGUUUUGGUUCUAUGGCUCGCCUCCUUUGCGCUGCUGGCUUCGGAGAUCAUUUGGUUCUUCACGCUUUGGACGUAUUAUGGCGAUUUUACCCCCGAUGAAGACUCAUAUGACUCUUACACAUAUGGGAUUUUGGCCGCUUUGAAAGGGGCGGUGGGGAGUAAGGCGAGGUCGGGUGCUGGCGAUGAUGGGAGAUAUGGUGACAGUGGGUUAGAUGACAUCUAUGAUAAUGGUGGAUAUGAUGAAUCCGCGGCCGUGGCAACGUUGGUGGCGCCAAUUUGUGUUAUUGCUGCUGCUGCUGCGUUGGGGGGGAUUGAGUUCAUCCUCCACCUCAUAUCCCUCAUUAUCCACUCCGUUUUCCUCCACCGCCACCGCGCCGCCGGACUACACAGCAAACCCGUCCAAUCCUCUCCUUCCAGCAACAGCGGCACCGACAACAGCAAUACCAUCCUCUUUUCCCCCAAUGCCGUUCCUGCCCCCGCAGCCAUCGUCACCACCCCCAACGAGAAACUUCCCUAUCAUCACCAGGAAAUCGACUCGACGCCCAUCUCUGUUCCGUCCACCCACAACCACCGCCAGAACCACAACCAGCAGCCGUCAGCCCCAGUGCCGGCUUACACCCCGGUAUCCAGUCAGCAACACCAACACCAACAGCAACCGUACCUCCAGCAGCAGAACCAGCAGCAGCCGCACCAUCAAAGGCAGUACCAAGCAUAUCAACAACCACAAGACCAGGGUCAAGGACAACCAUCGGUUUACUACUCACCGGUGUCACCGCAUUCUACCGGAGGAACGAUGAAUUAUACGCAGUUUCAACAGCCGUGGGCGGUGUCGCCUGUUCCGACGACGCCACCUUUGCCGACGCAUUACGGGCCAACCGGAGUGCGGGCGGGAAUUUAUCAGUUGCCGUGAGUAGGUAGCUAGAAGUCGUUGGGUGAAUAAUAGCUGGUGGGCGAGGAUAGGGGGAUGACGGUUGUUGGCUUCACGAAGAA